AUGUUUACAAAACGAACAUGUGGUUUACCUUUAAUUUGUCUUGUAUGUGGUGAUAUUGCACGUGGAAUCAAUUUUGAUGUUAUGACAUGUAUGUCUUGUAAAGUAUUUUUUCGACGAAAUAUACAUAAAUUAAAUAUGAAACUUCAAUGCAAAUUUUAUAAUAAUUGUAAAAUAACAAAAGAAACAAGAAGUAUUUGUUCAGCUUGUCGUUUAAAAAAAUGUUUUAUACUUGGUAUGAAUCCAAAAUUAAUACGACAUUGGUCUUACAAUCAAUUUAAAUCAAAACAUGAACAACUUAUGAUGAAUACAAAUCAAAAUAAUAAUCAAUUACCAAUGCCUUUAACACUUAGUCUUCUUAAUAAUGAUCGUUCAAAUCUUACUAUUGAUGAAUGGAAUCUUCUUUCAAAUAUUAUUCAUUCUUAUGAUGAAGCAAAUAUAAUUCCACAAAUGAAAUAUCAUCUUGAACAACAAUCAUCAUUACCACCAAAAUUACGAUCAAAAGCAUCACAAGCAAUUCUUGUUUUUAAAGUACUUCUUUCAACAUUUCAAUCAUUUUUUGAACGUUCAUCAUAUUUUCGUAAUUUAUCAACUAAGACACGUCAAAUACUUAUAGAAAAUAAUUCUGAAAUAGCUGGUACAUUAAAUUCUAUUUUAGUUAUGCGUGAAAUAAAUGCAUUAAAUAAUAUGACAUUUAUUACUAGUUGUACUACAAUUUAUGGUGAUGAUGUUAUCAAAAAAUCUUAUCAUUUAACGACACGAUUAGAAUCAAAUGGAAUAUUUGUUAAAUUAAUGAUUUUAACUUUAGCAUUUUCAACAAAUUGUUCAAUUGUUAUUCCUCAUUAUACAGAAAAUCGAAUGACUUCAUCUAGUGCAUUAUCUGUAUUUCAUAUAGAAUGUAUACUUGUUACAAUGUUUUGGAAAUAUUUAAUUUAUCAUUAUGGAUUUAAUGGAGCUGUACAAAGUUUUAAUUAUUUAAUAAAAUGUGUUCUUGAUAUUAUCAAUUGUGCAAAUGAAAUGAGAAAUACAUAUCAUGAAAAUUUAGUUGAUACACUUGUUGAAGAAACAAAACGUUCAUUGAUAACUGAAAAUUGA